GACGUCACCACCAGACCCCAUGAAAAGGAGUACAUUUGGGGUUUUGUUUGCUUCAAUGUUCAAUAGUAUUUUAAAAAGAGUGGGUUUUUGUUUUACAUUCGGAACUAGUUUUCCACGACGAUAAGACGACUGCAAAGUUAAAAAUGUAAAACAUACGAAAGCAGCACCAGCAUGAUUUGAACGCAUUUCUCAUAAGUAAUGUCAGUAGUUACGUUUGAUUUUUUUUUUUCUUACUUUUUAAUGAAUUCUUGGAUGUUUCUUCGGAAAAAAAAUUAAUUACCAUAUGUCCAUUAUUUUGGAGUUGGCAACCAAUACAGCCGGGAUUGGCUUCAGCACUCCCGCGACCCUCGUGAGGAUGAGCGGCUAACAAAAUGGAUUGUUGGGGGAAAAAUGCAUUCAUUGGAGACUCAAAAUUGCCCCUAGGUGUGAUUGUGUGUGCCCUGCGAUUGGCCCGGAAAAUUGGUGGAUGUAUAAAUAAAAUGAUAGACAUGUAUUUAACUUCUAUCCAGGAACACCAAAAUAAAGAAAACCAAAUUUUAGAAAGUGCAGGUUCAAACCAUACCAUCACCGCGAAGUUAUGCGAAGGAAUAAUAAUAAUAAUAAGAAGAAGAAUAAGUUGGUUCACCUGUUUUCUGGCUUUGGUCACGUGACCUCCAUCAGCAAUAUUUUCACUCCAAGCCAGCAGGGGGCGAUAAAAUGUCAAAACAAUGUGCAGGGGAAUUCAUCAAAAGAAAAGGGAAAAAAAAACAGUCUUGUCUUUUGUUUUUAUUGUUGUAUUAUGCUGCGCUCAAAAUAACAACGUUUGUUUUCUGGGUUUUUUUUUUUUUUGCACGUUUGAAAGACAAGGACAAAGCAGAAUUCAGAUGUUGCUACGAUGUUGAGUACUACCACAAACAAACUGAAUGUAUUGGUCAACAAGCUGCACGAGUACCUGGCCCAUUCUACUCAUGAAGACGACAAUGCCUCAGUCCAGACUGAUGAAAUAACCAUCAGGAAUGGUGCCGUGGGAAAUACCGCUACACCGCCUGCGAUGGAGGUACUCGUGGACACCAAAUUCUCCAGAAGAAAACCAUCUGUUGUUACAAAGCAUUCAGGCUUGGAUGAGUCUGCAGACUCAAACGACAGCGACAACGUCGAGUUCCCCUUCAGUGCAAACGGUCACCCAGAUACCACUUGCCUUCCCAAAGGCACUGUUUUGGUCACACCCGAGCCUGUAGAUAACGGCAGAGAUGACUUCAGGGGUCCUGAAUUUAGCAGCCGGAAAAGUAACGUGCUGCGGAAAGAAUUUUCGAGGAGACGCGGAGGCGGUGACCAUUUGGAAAUUGUCAGUUGCACUGCCUGCGGCCGCCAGGUCAACCAUUUCCAGAGAGAUUCCCUUAUUCGCCACCCAGUUCUCAAAGUACUUAUCUGCAAGUCAUGCUACAAAUAUUACUCAAGUGAUGACAUCAGCAAGGAUGGAGAUGGGAUGGAUGAGCAGUGCCGCUGGUGUGCAGAAGGGGGCAACCUCAUCUGCUGUGAUUUCUGCAGCAACGCCUUUUGCAAGAAGUGCAUCCUGAGAAAUUUGGGGCGAAAGGAGCUCUCCGGUAUCUUGGAGAGCAAGUGGUACUGCUAUGUGUGUAACCCCGAGCCCCUUUUUGGCCUCGUGAUGGCUUGUGACAGCAUGCUGGAGAACAUGGAGCAUCUGUGGCAACAGCAACGUAAGAGGAAUCGAGCCGAGCCGGAAAAAUCGGAACUUUACGGCAUGCUGCCUCUACCUCAAAUCAUUCCCUUGGUUAAAUGGGAUCACAGUGGCAUGGAUAGCAGUGUUGUGUUCAACUACAACACUUUAAAUGUCUCGAAGGACAUGACCGCAAAGGUCAAACAUUUGGUGGACUCUGCAAACAACGUCAACACGAGCUUUAUCCAUUUUAUUCGUACUGCGACAAAGAGCAAACAAGGCGUUCGAAGCCUUUACCUGAAGUCCUAUUUGACAGUGGUGAAGUCCAUGCGAACGUCUCUCGCGGCACUUGAGGAAAGCCUCAAAGAGGAAUUCAGCGACUUGGGCGUCUCCGGCUGUUGGGAGGAAUUGCUCGACGAUAAUUUUGUGCCCCAACCUGCUAAAGAAGCAGAUCCGGAGAUCGCCCGCGAUGGAACCUUGAAUCAGUUGUCAAAGGUGUCGCGUGUGUAUGUCGAGGAUGAAGUCCUCACAGAUGUCAGGUGCACAAGUGAGGAAGUGGACUCCCGUUUACACAUUGCUAAACAGAGUCCGCAUAUGACGGACCUGCAGUCUCCUCAAAGUGGCGUCAGCAUGACCAAAAAGCUGGUGGUCAAACUCACGCCAGUACCUGUGGAGGAGGAGCCCUGCUCAGAUACGCCGCUUCUUCCAGUAGACAUGGAAGAAGAGCUGUUUCAGGCGAAAGCCGUGUCCACAAACGAAGAGACUUCUGUCGCUAAAAGUAGAAUGAGCGUAGACCACCCGGCCGCUUCAGUCCAGCUGGAAGAGGAUGUCGGCAAUCGGCGCUCUCCCCGUGUGAAAACAACACCGUUGCGCCGUCCCAGCGACGUCAACGGUAAACCGGCUCUGGACACUGCAGACAGCGAGAGCGACUCGGACCCAGAGGUGGCGCCAAGCUCACCGGCCCCCCAAACCACCGAAGAGCAAAGUCUAAGCCAGACCAGAGAUGACUCCGACUCGGAUGAAAUACCUGCAGCGCUUCUCGAGCGAGUAGCUAUGACCGAAAGCACCGAUGAGCGCCAGAGUGACGACGACGACGAGGACGACGAUGGUGGGAGUCAAGCCUCCAACAAAGUGGCCAAGAAGCGUCUCUUCUGGCUCACAAAGAACACACCGAUCUCGCCGGAGAGGAUUCGUCGCAAACGUAAGAUGCUGGACCGUUCACCCGAAUCUGAUUCCAUAGCUAAGAGUCGACGGGAAAGGGGGACGGAUACCUCGAGUGAUGAACAAGACCCGCAGCGUCAAAUGCAGCGCCUGAGGACCCUGAGGUCCUUUGGCAAGUCUCAUCUCGUCCAGAGCGAAAGCGAAGGCUGUGCUCGGCAGAAGGGGAUCGCCGAGGCCAGAAAGCUCAAGACUCAAGCCUGUCAAGAAGUUAUAGAGACCACGUCGUCGUCAAGCGAGGAAGGCGACCACGAGGAUGACGCCGGGAGUGAUGGCGGCGAUCGCAAGAGCAAAGGAGUCACAGACGACGAAGCGUUCCAAGGAUCAGCCAGUUUCCAGCAAUCAUCUGGCGAUGAGGAUCAAGCUGGGCCCACCUGGGCAGCAGGGGAUGACGACGACCCUGAAAAUAGAAUCGCUAAGAAUAUACUUUUGGCCCAAAUCAAUGCCAACUUCUCAUCGCUCGAUGAGUUGUCAUCAGAUGCGGAAACACAGGACGACGAGUCGUCGUCUGAGGCUGAAAUGGAAUUUAAACAAGUCAGCGAAGAAUCCGGACGAGAGGAAAACGGGGGGAACCUGUCCUCGUCGUCUGCCGACGCUGACGUGGAUGAGCCCAACCGGAAGCGGCACCGCUUGCUGCGCCACAAACUCACUUUGGACGAGGAAACAGGAAGUGACAAGGCGGCAUCGGGAAACCGAGUCGCAAAGGCAGACAAGAAGAGAGUCGUACGCCAGCCGCUUAGCACUGACGACGAGAGCGGAGAAACUGACAUUAGCUCGUCGGGGCUGGCGGAACUUGGAAUGUGCGAGGAGCUGAGUGGAUCCGAGGAGGAAGAGAAGCUCGAAAGUCCACCCCUUAAAGUCAAGCAAGAAGCCCCUCCGUUCGUAAACCGGACACCCGUGACCUGCAUUUUGCUGUCCGACACCAGCAGUGAGGAGAGCGAGCGAGACGUUGCGCAGGGUGAGCUGAGCGGCAGUCAGGGCACGCCCAAAGGACGCAAGAAGAUCCGCAAAAUUAUCCAAGACGACAAUCUCCGGUCGGAGACCCAGCAGGCGCUGCGAGAGGAGGAGGAGCGAUGCAAACGACUGGCAAGUCGGGAGGAGCUGAUGGAGGACCGGCGAGAGACACUUGUCGCGGAUCAGUCUCAAGAGUCUGUCACGACCAAGCUGGUUCUGGAUCAGGAUGAGCAGACCAGGACACCUCUAGUCCAGGUGCACAGGAACUUAGUGACCCACCUCAAGCCUCACCAAGUAGAUGGAGUCCAGUUCAUCUGGGACAACUGCUGCGAGUCUGUGAAAAAGACCAACUCCUCUCCGGGAUCAGGUUGCAUCCUGGCCCACUGUAUGGGCCUGGGGAAGACUCUGCAGGUGGUUACCUUCCUGCACACGGUGUUGUGGUCGCAAAUCCUACAUUUUAAAACGGCCUUGGUCGUGUGUCCGCUCAACACCGUCCUCAACUGGGUUAGCGAGUUCAACAAAUGGCAGAAAGACUUGGGCCAAGAUAAACUCAAGGUUACCGAGCUGGCCACUAAAAAGAAUCUUGCUGACCGAUUCCGAGCUCUGCAGGCUUGGAACAGUACCGGAGGUGUGAUGAUUAUGGGCUACGAGAUGUUCCGAAACCUCUCGCUAUCCCCGAAAGUGAAUAGGAGUGACUUGAAGAAGGCGUUGAAGACUCUACUGGUGGAUCCAGGUCCAGACUUUGUGGUAUGCGACGAGGGGCACAUUCUGCGCAACGAGAACUCCAACAUUUCCAAAGCCAUGGGUGCCGUCAAGACGCGGCGGAGAGUCGUGCUGACCGGCACGCCGUUGCAAAACAACCUCGUCGAGUACCACUGCAUGGUCAACUUCAUCAAAAGGAACCUUCUGGGCUCACUGGGGGAAUUCCGCAACCGCUUCGUCAACCCCAUACAGAACGGCCAGUGCGCCGACUCCACGCCCAAAGAUGUCCGGAUCAUGAAGAGGCGGGCGCACGUCCUCCACGCCAUGCUGUCCGGAUGUGUGCAAAGGAGGGAUUACUCUGAGCUGACUGAGUUUCUACCUCCCAAGUACGAGUACGUGGUGGCAGUUCGACUGUCACCUCUUCAAUAUAAGUUGUACACUCACUACCUGCAGCACGUCAGUGGCUUCGGUAGCGUGAUUGGCACCGCAAAAGUCAAGAUCGGAGCAAACCUGUUCAAGGACUUUCAAGCCCUGAGCCGCAUUUGGACUCAUCCUUGGUGCCUUCAACUCAGCUACAAAGCCAAAGCACAAACGCUCAAAGGAAAGAAGAAUCAUCUCGUAAUUCCAGACAUGGGAAGCAGCCCUUCAGUUUCCGGCGGUGGAGCGAGCAACAGCGCCGCCGACGGUCCCCUCCCCGUCGCCGACGCCGCGUCAAAACACCCGCGCUGGUUCAAAGACAUGCUGUCUCCGCACGACGCCAAGGUCGUGGAGCACUCGGGCAAGUUGGUGCUCUUAUUUGAAAUCCUGAGGAUGGCCGAAGAGUGGAACGACAAAGUACUUGUGUUCAGUCAGUCUUUGAUCUCGUUGAACCUGAUUGAGGAUUUCCUGGCGACGUCUCCGCAGAGAAGAAAGGACUCUUCCAAAGCGGGAAGAUGGAUUAAAAACUUGGAUUACUAUCGUCUGGAUGGCUCCACCGCGGCUGCGUUGCGGACCAAAUGGGCAAAUUGUUUCAAUAACGCCGCCAACGCACGCGGUCGCUUGUUUCUCAUUUCAACAAGGGCCGGCUCGCUGGGCAUCAACCUGGUGUCCGCCAACAGAGUGAUCAUCUUUGACGCCUCGUGGAACCCAUCCCACGACAUUCAGAGCGUCUACAGGGUCUACCGCUUCGGCCAGGUCAAGCAGGUCUUCGUGUAUCGCUUCUUGGCGCAGGGCACAAUGGAGGAAAAGAUCUACGACCGGCAGGUGACAAAGCAGUCGUUGUCCUAUCGAGUUGUGGAUCGGCAGCAGAUCGAGAGACACUUCACCCUGUCGGAGCUCACGGAACUUUACACGUUCGAGCCGGACUUGUCGGACGAGCCUCAGUCCAAGAAAAACAAGAGGAAAACCUCGGACUUGCCAAAGGAUCCGGUUCUGGCAAUCCUCCUGGAGAAGUGCAAAUACCACAUCGUCGGCUACCACGAACACGCGUCCCUGCUGGACCAUAAACAAGAGGAGGAGCUCACCGAAGCAGAACGCAAAGACGCCUGGGCCGAGUAUCAGGCUGAGUCCCACCCAGUCAGCGCCCCAGUGAAAAUCAAGCCGGAAACCUUGAACUUGAGGACCAACGAAGAGCUGGUGGACUUGCUGAACACGAGCAGAGCGAAAUUAGCCGCCUCCUUCCAGGCCGUGCAGGCCAUGUCGUCGCACCCUCUUAACGAAUACAUGCUGCAUGUGGGGCGGCAGAAUCCCCAACUGCCCAGCGACCGGGUCAGGUUGAAGGCCCUUCGGUGGAAACAAAUCGACACCAAGGAGCUGGAGCGCAGGAAGGCUUUUUACGCCGAAGUUCUUGAAGAGCAGCGAACGCUGACGCUGCACAUCCAGAGCAUUUUGAGCGGGCGACGCAUGCAAGAGAUGCAGGGGGCCCACACGUCAGACGGAAAGCCGCAAACGGCGACAAAUUAAGGGACGGACUGGUCGCUUCACCUCUUUUCUUCCACAAUAAGCACUUUAAAAUUUCAUCCGUGUGAUGAUUUCCGCUGAGAAUGCGAUCUGCCUUCAUCAAUCAAGCGAUCCUAGUUCGUAAUGUAUUGUAGGGAGUAAUAAUUAGAAUCGCAUCGGAAUCAGUGUCAGUCUUUGUCUUUCUCACAGUGAGCAGGACGGGGACGUAACGCCAAUACUGUUCUAUUUAAAUGCAUCUUAUGUUUGCCUCUUGUUUUUAUACAUCCUUCAAGA